GUUUGUGAAACAUUUAUGUACUUUGUCAUUUUAGUUCACUCGAUAAGCUGAAACAUCGAGUACUCCGUUUUUUCAUCCUUCGCUGAAUCCUGUGAAGUGGAUCAGGUAGGAUUUGUGAAUUAUUUUGAUGUUUGUAACUUUAGUUAUUUAAGUGAAACAGAAAAAUAGGACAUUUGUCAGGAACAGGAAGCCGGUUCUUAGAGUAUGGGGCUUUAAAGAAAUGUGGAAGCUUGUAGAAAAAUCUAUUUAGAACUAUUUUUAAGGGUAUCAAAUGUUUGCAAGGGUGUAAGACGACUUUGGAUUUUAGGUUAAAGGCAGCUGAAAAAAUUUAAGGUAUGAUUUUAUUUAUCUAUUAUUUAUUUUAUUUUCUUAUUUUUAUUUUUAUUUUUUGACUUGGACUUUUUUUCCCGUAGGUUUCUGAGUGUACACAUUUUCAGAGCGAAAAGUUCAACAUAUUGAGUCAAAUUUCUUGCAACUUUCUGAUUUUUUUAUUCCUUUUUUUAAUACCAGGUCAGAUUUUGUUGGCAUCAAAUUUUAGCAUUAUUUUUACAACAACAUUUCCUAUUUUUAGUAAUUGGGUUUUAACAUCAUUCUCUUCUCUGGUCUAAAGUAUCUGAAUAAAGAAUCUAAAGAAGCUGAAUCAAAUUUGAUCUUCAAAAAAUUGUCAAAGCCAGUAUGUUGAGUAAAUACAGGGAAAUAUGUUCAUUUAAGUCUUAGUACGUUUGUUUUGAGAAAAAAUGUGAAUUAAUGUGGUCUUUUCUGUUCAUUUUGUGGGUUAAGAAAUAAUGAACUGUAAAAGACAUGUUGGCCUUCAGCCCUUGUUUAUUUCUAUUCUGUGUUUAGUUGAUUAAUAUAUCAUGAAAGAGGGGCAGACUCGAGAAGAGUUUUCUUCUUCCUGCUCCUUUUCAUUCACAUGUUUGAGAUUUUUCCUUGUUUGUAUUGAACGUUUUAAUGAAAUAAAGUAUGAAAAAUGAAAUGAAAAUAAGGCUACAUGGCUUAAUGCCUCACACUCGUCUGUGUGACAGACACUUAAUAUAGUUUAAUCUGCACUGCCUGUCUCCCUGUAAUUAAAUCUACAGAGUUAGCAGUUGCUGACACUUAAAAUCCCAACAUUCACUGUGGCUCAGCUUGAAGAUAAUAUUAACCAACAGGAGGUGUAUGACUUAAAGCGAAGCGUUGCAGGAUUAUUAAAAGAGCCAUUCAAUCUACUGUAGAAGUCUAAGACGCAAUGCUUGCCUGCCUGUGUCUGCUAUAUUUAUCAUAUUUGCUACAGUACAGAAAUGUGUGACACAACUGCACUGUACUGCCCCGGCUCCAUCCUGACCCAGUGUCAAAUUACAGCAUCAUACCAGUGUCCUGUGCUUUGCUUGCCAUCACACCAGUGCAGUGUGGUAGUAAUGACACAAAGACUGGGCAGCCCCCCAGCCUUCAGUCUCUGACAGAAAUCACUGAGGGAGAGGAAAGAGAAAAGUAGUUUUCUUCAGUGGGUAGCAUGUGUACUACAAUCAUACUGCUAUUUUGAGAUAUUUUUGUACAAGUUGAAUCUGUGUGGCCAGCUGAUGGAGGCACUAAAACAAAAAUGUCUGUCAAUCCCAGGGUAGGUGAAGGAAACUCAAAGAAAAAAAAGAGAAAAGGAAGAGGAGGAGAUGUCGUUUUGCCUGCAUGAGUGUAUGAGAGCUGUUGGGCUGCAGGAUCACUAUGCAAGGUAAGUUCACUUCCACACUGACACUUGCAUCACCCUCAGCUAUGCCCAUUACUCUUUGCCAUUUCUUUCCUUUAGGUUUACUUCAGUGGGUGUUCGUCGAGCAGCUCACCUGUCAGUGCUCACCAUGGAGGACUAUCCCAUCCUGGGAAUCCGUUCCAUGGAGGACAGGACUCGUCUCUUCCAGUUGAUCCAGAUGGUCAAAACGCUUGACCUGGAGAGCCUUGAGCAGGAUAGUGAUGAUAAUGUUUACAGUGACGAUGAAGCAGGUAAAAGCGUCACUUAUGAUGAUUUUGCAGAUCCUCUCGAGAAGACGCACCAUGAUGAAGAGAGAAGUUACGCUGCUCUGAGUAAGAGAAACACAGACAGUUUUUACAAGCCCUCAUUUGUUUGCAGAAGGCUGGAUUACAGUGGUGAAAAUUGCUCUCAGAAGUUGUUUUAUCGUAUGAUAUAUGACGAACCAGGUCAGGACAAAGGCUUAAAUACAGCCAUGCAGCUUGACUGUAAAACAAACAGUGCCCCUGUAUGUAACGGCAAAGGAAGCAACGACCACAGGCAGGAUGCUCGUCUUCCUCAACGUGGUCCUCACAUGGGAGUGAACAACAAGCCAGACAUCACAGAAGGAUCUUCCCUGUGCGACUCUCACAUCAGAUUUCCACCACAGUGCAUCUCAUUACCCAGACCCGCAGCAGUGUCAUCAAAGAAGGUCAACAACAAACCAGGAGGGCACAGAGAUAGUGAAGGUAGCUCCAGGAUGGAAAAACCCUCCACAGAUAUAAGUUGUAGCAGGGCUUCUGAACACAUGAGGCCAACACCUGUCUAUGUAUCAAAGGGAACAGCAGAAUACAACUAUGGACUUCCACUGAGUUCCUCUUCUUCCCCCAUGAGAAAGUAAGUGCCAGUAUUUGUCUUUUCCUCAUCGCUAACUUCACAUAACACACUGAUACAUUGUCAAAGACAGGCACAGUAUAAUACCUAGACUCACUGAAUAUGAAAGACAUCCACAAAGGGAUAUAAAAGGUGAGAUGAGAUGAAGUUAGCUGUGGAGCGACUGUCUCACUUUACAUCAGGACGUUUGCAUUUAUAGUUCGUAUAUGAGCAUUGUUCCUUUAAAGGUGUCAUCCUAAUUUUGACUGCCAGUGCUUCGUAUGUGUUUACACAGUACAUAUACAUCAAUAUAUGUUUGUUGCAGGCGAUCACAUGGGCAGCGGAUCAGCGUUUGUGUAAGAAAAAGACCCCAAACACACACUGAGCGCAGGAGAGGAGAAGCAGAUGUUGUCACAACUCCAAGCAGAGAUUGUGUGAUUGUCCAUGAGUGCAAGGAGUCUGUGGAUCUCACACAGUACAUCCUACAGGUAGAUGUAAUGUUCAGAGUCACUGCUUGUUGUAUAUUGAAUCUAUUAUUUUAGUCAUUCAUAGGAGAGAAAGAAAAGUCUACAGUUUGUAUGAAUAUCUGUAUUCACCUUAAAAAUCUACAUGACUCAUAGUCUGUACUUACAGAUACAUACAAGUUGCAGAGUCUCAUAUUGAACACAUCCAUGAUUAUACUGUAUUUGUGACAGUAAUUUGAGUUGUUUUGAAUGUCUAACCAGCUUUCCUUUGCCCACUUGUCCUUAAAGCACAGGUUCUACUUCGAUCAGGUUUUUGGGGAGGAGUGCUCCAAUGAGGAAGUGUAUCAAGGAACAGCAUAUCCACUGGUGCAGCACAUGCUCAAUGGGUAGGGCAGUAUUAUUACAAUGGCACAUCCGAAGAUCCUUUCCAAAUGGAUCUGCUAAGUAUGUGCCUUCAGCUGUUUUGGCUCUGUGUGUUGACAUUUGUACAUUUCUGCUGUGUGUGUGGGCAGGGGCAGGGCCACCUGCUUUGCAUACGGCCAGACCGGCUCAGGGAAGACUUUCACUAUGUUGGGUUCAUCUCCCACAAGACCGGGCUUGUAUGCACUUGCAAUCCGGGACAUCUUUGCGCACCUUUCCAGCACGCACACAAACUCGCCUCUGCUGGUGUAUGUCAGCCUCUUUGAAAUCUAUUGUGGUCAGCUUUAUGACUUGUUGGACCACAGGAAAAGGUGAAGCUUGAACUGAAAACAUUAUUAUAAGAAAAUGACCAGAAAACAUUAACAAAUGAUCAGAGUCAACAGCUUUGUUACUGACAUUUCUACAUUAUUACUCCUCAUUAUCACAUUGAACAAGCAUGUCCUGUUCUCAACACCUCUGCUUUUGUUUUAUCCUGUUUGCUAAUCUCUUUCUUUGCCCCUUUACUUCUCCCCAAGGUUAUAUGCAAGGGAAGAUGGACAGAAGGUGGUUCACAUUGCUGGGCUGCGUGACGUCAGGGUGGACUCUGUCAGCUCACUGCUGGAGGUCAAUGCCAUCAUCAUAUAUUCUCAUAGAAAAAUGGCUUUGUUGUUGUUGCAAGGAACGCUCAGUAGUGCUUAAAGUAUUUGCCUGUAAGAUUGUAUGAAUACAAAAACAUCCUAUUUGGGUCCCUCAGAUCUAAGUCUGUGCUAAUACGCUCCUAGUUGCACCAGCAGACUCUUGUGUGCUUAAAAGGAAAUUUUAAAAUGACUGUGAGGACAAAAAAUGACUGUAUGUUAUUUGAAACCUUAAGGUCGUCUCUCUCUUGUUUUUCUCCUCUUGCAUUUCAUUGCCCCUUUGAAGGUGAUCGCCCAGGGUACAGAGGAGCGCACACAGGGGGUAAGUGGAGUGAAUCCACACUCUUCCCGUUCUCAUGCCCUGCUCCAGAUUCAGCUCAAAGAUCGAAACCAGCGAGUGAGUGGCAGGUGAGCGACAACAUACGAUGUGUUUGUCUUUACUUUUAAAGUGAUUAAUGAUUUGUCCUUAGAGGAAAAAGCUAUAUAUAGCAAAUUCACUCAUAUGUGGAUUAAUGUGUGUGAGAGUUUUUAUACUAGUGUGUGUGUGUGUGCCUCCAGAAUGUGGUUUGUGGACCUGGCAGGCAGUGAGAGGGCAUCAGACACCAAAGACCCAGACAGGCAGAGUCGUAUGGAGGGAGCUGAGAUCAAUCAGAGUCUGUUGGCGGUAAGCUGAACGCUCAUCUGAGAAUUCACAUGAGGUCCCACAGAGCUGUGAGGAUUAAUGUUUCUUUAUUUCAGCUUAAAGAGUGUAUCCGGUCCCUUGAUCAGGAGCAGUCUCACACACCUUUCAGACAGAGCAAACUUACACAGGUAUUUCAAUACACAAAUGUGUGUAUAUGUGUCAUCACCAAUUCAGUUUUCCUCUUCAAAUUGAUUGUCUUGAACUGUUUCGGUAUGAUUUAGGUUUUGAAAGACUCAUUUGUCGGGGACUCAAUGACAUGCAUGAUUGCCAACAUCUCACCUGGUCACUUAGCAACUGAACACACUCUUAAUACAUUGAGAUAUGCUGACAGGUGAGUGUGUGUAGCAUCAGUAGCUUACAAGAACAACAAUUUGCUGCUGUUUAACACAAAAUAUGUUUGAUGUUACUCAGGGUGAAGGAGUUGAAAGGGCAGAGAGGAGAAAGAAGAGGGAAAACAGUAUCAUAUCAAAGUAGCAUGUCCAAAAGCAGCAGAACCGGAGGUGUUAACAUCCGAGGAAAAAGUCCCCCAAAGAAGCCAAAGUUAGGGAGACAGAGGGAGGCUUUCGUGCCAACAUCAUCGAGCACGAGGCACACAGGAGGCCCAGUUCUCUGCUCUACACCCAAGAACACCAGGAAUAGCAAGAAAACAAGUACAAGAGACAGAAAGGAUAUUAGUCUGGAGCAAAUCUCUCCCAUCAGAGGCUCUUUGGGAACAGGGGAUAAAAGAAAGAGAGCAGGAAGGAAGGAAGGUAGAGGAAGAGAAAUAUAUGUCGAAACUGACAGCGUGGGUCACUCAGGAGGUGACCAAAAUGCCAGUGGGUCUUGGUCCUACCACCAUCAUAGAGCUUUGCAAGAGGAUAGAGAGGAAGAAAGAAGACUGAUAACAGAGAGAGGACCAACACAAAGCAGCAGAUAUUCAUGUACUGGAGCGGAGAGUGUAAAAGAAGGAGAUUUGGGAGAAGAUAAAGAGAAGGAGAUGCAUCUGAGACGGUAUCACCAGCAACUACAGCAGUUUACACCCUCCUCUGCUUCUUCAUCCCUCCACCUUUUGUCACCCUCUAUACCUUCAUCUAAUCCAGCUUCUCUUUCCUCCUCUGUCUCUCCAUCAUCAUGCUCAUCUCUCCUACAUGCCUCUCACCUCUCAGAUUCUGUACUUACAUAUCAAGGUUUGAAGGAAGUUUUAGAUGCAGUUGGAGCCAAAGUUAAAGUUAGGACUGAGGCUUGCCUACAUACUAAAAUUAAGGAUGAAGAAGGUUGUGGUGACUCAAGUGGAGGAGAUGUAAGAUCAAGUAGGGAAGCAUGGAGACCAGCUGGUAUGGAAAACAUAGCCGAAAGGGGCUGGGCCUGGGUGACUGCAACAGAGGCAGAACAAACAGGCGGCAUGACAGGUGUGAAACCAGCUGCUUUGGAGGCCCAAAUGUCUUACAGCCGUGAUUCAGAACAGAGGAAAGAAGUAAGGGAGGAGGGCUUGGAGUCCUCAGAUGUCCCAACUGAAGGAAUGUGGAGCAAUGAAGAGCAUGAGAGCAAUGAAGGCAGCAGCUCUUUUACCCACCCGAUUGUUGAGUCAUACAGUCAUCAAGCUCCAGCAGAAAGACCACUCUCCCCAGGCUGUGAACAUACCCAAACCUCCCUGACCUCUCAUGAACUCAUGGAACUUCCUUUUAGAUUCAGGCGUACCUCAAAUAACCUGCAUCUAACAUCUCAAAAUUCCCUGAUGGACGCACCAACAAGACGCCAUAGCGAGAAGGAACACUGGUUUGCUGCUAAUGGAGAUACAAGGGAAUUCUCAAAUGCUGGUUUACCUCAAGAAGACUCAGUCAGCCACACUAUGGACCCCCUGAGUAUCUCCUUGCUUGAGGUGGAUCAACAGGCAGCCACAGCCUCGUUCCUUCAAGGGGGUCUGAUAACUGGCCCUCUUUAUCCUCUUGAAAAUGAAACUAAAGAAGAGAACAGGAGGGAGGUGGAAAAGGAGAACAGGGCAUGUCUUGACAUGACAGUGAAAGCUGGACUUGGUAAGUGUGAGAUAUGUGAAUAUGUGGGCCAACUGUUGCUUGAAAAUGAGUAAACAAGUUUUUGUUCCUCCAGGUACCAUGAAGCUUUCUACCCCAGAGGUUAUGCCAGAGUCUCUCUAUGACCAAGACAAUCAGAAACCUCAACUAGGCCUUGCCAUUAACAUCCUGGGCAACAAAACCUAUGCGUCCACUCCAUCUUCAGGUUCUUUAAUAAAACAAACUUCUGCAAACAUUCAGUCCAUUUCAUCAUCUGUCCAGCCCUGUUGGAAGACAGGCUCACCCAACCCCCCAAAAAGAAAGAUGAACGGUGCAACGCAAACGACACCACAGACUGCACAACAGAUGCACAAUGAAUUUCCUCCUUCCGUUUCAAUAUCGCCAGCAGGGAGUGUGUUGGGCCUGUCGAGGACAUUGCCAAAACAGGGUCAUACAGUUCCUUCAAUCCCUUCCAACAACUCCAACAUCUCACUCCAACCCACUAUUUGGAGAGAAUCAAAUUUUCAGGGAGGCACCAGCAAUCAGAAAACACCAAACAUGAUCAAUCUGCCAAUGCUGGAGGAUACAGAUCACGCCAAGUGAGUAUCAGUAGUCCAACAGUUUACCUUGCAGUUACUCCAAAUGAGUAAAACCAGACAUGCUGUGUUUUAGAGUCAAACAAAUGGCAAUGAAACCCAAUUUUUACAGCCCAGUUGACAACUUAGGAAACUUACUGUGUGAUCACUCCCCAGGUGGCGUGUUAUCCAGGCCCACUGGGAGCAGCUUGAGGAGAUGGAGGCCUUAUGGCACAAAGAGGGGGCUCUUCUGUGCCAGCAACCUGAUAUGGUUAGAAUAACUGGAAACCACAUUUGCUGUCAAACUUGAAUCUGUACUCACAAACUGUCUCCCUAUCUUUACAGGUAUUUUCAGAGUAUGUUCACAAACUGGAGGAAAUCAUGACAAAAAAGGCAAAGUGUGUCAACAACAUGAUAGCUCAGCUGCGACCAUAUCUUGGGCCUUGUUAUUCUAACCAGGCAAAAAAGCACAACAAAGAAGACAAUCAUGAUGCAACAUAAUUGAAUUAACCAACCAAAUACAUUGCAAAG